UCCUCCGGCUUUACGUUACGUUUCGGGGGCUCCGUCGCCAUUGUUAAAAGAUUGUUUUCUGCAACUUUGCCUCAAGAUACAUUUGGAUAACAACAAAACGUUUUUUAACAAGAGGUCCGUCAAUAAUAUUGGCCAGACAUGCCUCGGCGGGUGGCGGUGUCCGAUGGCGCAAACAAGAAGACGUCCAGGGUUCGGGUCGCGGUUCGGCUGCGACCCUUCAUGGGCAACCAAGACGAGAAAGACGAGGGUCCGUGUGUCAAAGGCCUCGACUCCCAGAACCUGGAAAUAAUCAACUGGAGAAACCCGGCAGAAACCGUCAAAUACCAUUUUGACGCUUUUCACGGUGAGCAAACGACCCAGCAGGAAGUGUUCCUGACCGUGAAGCCCAUCCUCCCACACAUCCUGAACGGACAGAACGCCUGUGUCUUCGCCUAUGGGCCAACAGGAGCUGGUAAGACCCACACCAUGAUGGGCAGUUCAGAUCAGCCAGGUGUGAUCCCUCGAGCUGUUCGCGAGGUCUGCAAGCUUGUCAAGGCUAAGGGUGACGAUGAAGGAUGGGACUAUAGCAUUGGCAUGUCUUAUUUGGAAAUUUACAACGAAAAGGUGCUAGAUCUUCUAUCGCCGAGCUCCCUGGAUUUACCAAUCAGAGAGGACAAGGACAAGAACAUCCUAAUCCCCGGCCUCACUCACACAACCAUCUCCUGCUUCUCGGAUUUCGAUAAACAAUUUGUGCCUGCCAGCCUCAAUCGUACUACAGCUUCUACCAAACUAAACCAGUGCUCCAGCCGCAGCCACGCUGUCCUCCUCAUCAAGGUUGUUCGGACUCAGCGCGCCCCGCCCCACAGGCAACAGACGGGAAAGCUGUACCUGGUCGACCUGGCCGGGUCCGAGGACAACCGCCGCACCGGCAACCAAGGCAUCCGGCUGAAGGAGAGCGGCGCCAUCAACCUGUCUCUCUUCACUCUGAACAAGGUCGUGGACUCUCUGAACUCGGGCACCGCCGUCCGCGUGCCGUACAGAGACAGCAAACUGACGCGGAUGCUCCAGGACUCCUUGGGUGGCUCGGCCCACUCCGUCAUGAUCACCAAUAUCUCACCGGAGUACAAAUACUAUUUUGAUACGUUUAGUGCACUCAACUUUGCCUCCAAAUCCAAGCUCAUCGUGAACAAGCCCUUCACCUGUGAAACUGUGGCAGUGCCUGUGCUGCCAGUGAAGCGGGCCAAAGAAGACCACGAGGCGGGGGGGUCUGGCACCGAGCCACCGAAGAAGAGGCAGAAGGGCGAGAAGAAAACCGAACGGGAUGGUUCCUCGCCGUCUUCACACAUUCACAGUUUGCCAGAGCCAUCCGUCAUGGAAAGACUCCUCGCCCUGGAGAAGCUGAUGCUGAACUGCCAGGACAAGGAUAAACUCAGCAUGCUGAAAGAUGUCGCCCAGUCUCGCAUGGAGAUCCAGGAGCUCAAAGAGAAGCAGAAGGAGUUUGAGAGCAAGGCCGUGCUGUUCGGUCGUCUGAAUGGCGAAGGCUCCGGGGCCCGACAUGAGCCCGCCUUUAAGAACAGCACCGCUCCUCUGCAAAGGAAACCGUCAGCUGCCUCGAAAGCCAAUCGGCAGCAGGCUGUGGUCCAGCCCCUACAAGUGUCCCAGCUCCAGCCGCUUCAGCAGCUCGUCGUCGUCAAAAAACCGUCCGUCUGCGUCAAGAAGAAAGAGAAGAAGCUUUCCGAGUUGGUUGAGCCUCCAGAUGGUAAAGAGAACUUCAUGGAGUCUGGUUGGGAAUCCCAGCUGGACACGUCGGUGCUGGAGCGCUCGCGACAGAAGAUCCUCCAUGUGCUCAACACGGGCGCCCUCAAGGAGCUCAAGGGUCUGCAGCAGAUCGGGGACAAGAAGGCAAAGCUCAUCCUGGGCUGCAGGGAGCUCCACGGCCGCUUCGCCAAGUUGGAGGAUGUGAUGAAAGUCGAGGGUAUGACGGCAAAGAGAUUUUCCACCUUCAUGAAGGUAAGCCACGGGGGGCGUGGCUUGUGGUUCUACCUAUUGUCGUAGAAUAGUUCGAUGUUCCACCACCACAUUGGUCCUUAUUGGAAUUCCUCUAACUAUUUGAUGGAUUGCCACGAAGCAAUUGUUCCUCUAUGGGGUUUUAAAGGCUGAGCAUUUCGGUGGAUCUAUUGCCAGAAAUAGAUUAUACAAAAUGUAAAACCGUUUCCAUUCGUGUAGAAUCACCUGAAACGAUGAAUCGUAGCGUUUGUGUGCGCCUGGCAUCACAGCGAGUUUUGAACCGCAGUAAAAAAGAGUCGAAUAGUGCAAACCCGCGCGGCCGCGUCCCGCUCGGGGGACGAUGACCUCUGAGCGGUCGGCUCUUAAUGCCGUCAGAAUAAAUGCUGUGAUUCCAUCGGUCUCGGCUGUACUUGCCGUUUCAUGCUAGCGGCGGUGAACGUUGCAGCUGAACUCCGGCGCGUCACCGAGCACGGCGGGCGGAGUAAUGGUGGCGGCCAUUAUUUGCACAUUAUGCAGUUUUUAGUGUUUGUGUUUUUCUUUUUCUGUACUAAUAUCUACUCUUUAUUU